GCCCCCCCGCCCCGUUCCCAGGCCCGCAGCGCUCGCAGGAAAAUGUUACUUUCCGUCCAGCCGCGGGCCGCCGUCGCCACCUUCGGCUACAAUAAAACCAGCAAGAAGCAGCCUUAUGUGUCAGUGGCCCAGCAGAUGGCGCCCCCAAGUCCCAGCGGCAGCAACAACAACAGCAGCGGCAGCGGCGGCGGGGGAGGCGGGGACCAGCUGAGCAAAACCAACCUGUACAUCCGGGGCCUGCACCCGGGCACCACCGACCAGGACCUCGUCAAGCUGUGCCAGCCAUAUGGCAAAAUUGUUUCCACGAAAGCCAUCCUGGACAAGACGACCAACAAGUGCAAAGGCUACGGCUUUGUCGAUUUUGACAGCCCCACGGCGGCGCAGAAGGCCGUGACGGCGCUGAAGGCCAGCGGGGUGCAGGCCCAGAUGGCGAAGGUAAGGGAGCAGGAACCCACGAACCUGUAACAUCUCCAACGCUGCCCGCUCAGCGUGGACGAGCAGGAGCUGGAGGUGAUUGCUGAAACCUUCGGGCAGGUGAUCUGCACCCGGUCCUGCGCACCCAAUGGCACCAGCCGCUGCGUCGGCCUUCGCCAAAGCCUUCUCUCCCCCCACAGAAUGGAGUCCACAGAAAAGUGUGAAGCCAUCAUCACCCACUUCAACGGGAAAUACAUCAAGACCCCCCCGGGGAUCCCAGCCCCCUCAGAUCCGCUGCUUUGCAAGUUUGCUGACGGGGGGCAGAAGAAGCGCCAGCCGCAGGGGAAAUACGUGCAGAACGGGCGGGCCUGGCCGCGGGACGGCGACUCGAGCGGCAUGACCUUGACCUACGACCCCACCACGGCUCUGCAGAAUGGGUUCUACCCGACCCCCUACAGCCUGGCGCCCAAUAGGAUGAUUGCUCAGACCACGCUCGCCCCUUACCUCCCGUCACCCAUGUCCUCCUACCAGGUUCACAGCCCGUCCUGGAUGCACCAUCAGUCGUACCUCAUGCAGCCCACGGGGACGGUGCUGACGCCGACCAUGGACCACACCAUUUCCAUCCAGCCCGCCUCCAUGAUGGGCCCCCUGACCCAGCAGCUGGGCCACCUGUCCCUCAGUAGCACUGGCACGUACAUGCCAGCGGCAGCAGCUAUGCAAGGAGCUUACAUCCCUCAGUACACGCCCGUGCCUUCCUCCAGCAUCUCAGUUGAGGAGAACAGCGGCCAGCAGAGCCAAGUGGCUGUCGAGUCUCCGUCAGAUCAUGCUGCCUACUCCUAUCAGUACAGCAAGUAACUGCAGCUGGACCAGGCGUCUCUGCUCCGAGCACUCGCCCUGAGGGAGAUCGCCACCUCCUCUUUGAUUUGUGCUGCAUCUAGAAGGUCGAAUCCGAUAUUUUUUUUCUUCAUUCGUUUCUUUCUUUUGCAAAGAAAACAGUUUUGUAAAAAAAAAAAACACAAACAAAAAACAAAAAAAAACGGCAAUAGACUCUGCUCACCAAGGAACCAAAGCGGUGGAAUGAGGGGGCUGGGUCACCAGAUCACUCCGCGCGGACGGACAGAUGGACUGAGGCCUAUUUUAAUAUGAGGAAAAAAAAUGUGUUUGGUUUAUUUUUGGUGGUUGUUUUUGAAGAAACCCUUUUUUAUUUGGGUGGCUCUUUAAGGAGAGGCUUGAUCCAGGGGGGUGGAUCUGGCUGCCCCGGCGUGGAGGGGCUGCAGAUUCAAAUCUCUGGGACAAUUGUCAUUUUCUUUUGUCAGUUAAGGAUUACUUUUUUGUUCCUUCCUUUUUCUUUUCGUUUCUUUUUUUUUAAAGGAAAAAUAUGCAACAUUUGAACAAUUUUAUUUUGACGGGGUUUUGGUUGUACUGCUCCCCGACCGAUUCCGCCCAUUUCUUCGCUCCCCUCCGGACGCUUUUCCACGCCUGAAUGCCACUGUAGGAGAGAGAAUUUUUUCCGGGGGGAGGGGUUGCUUUACAAGAAAAGGAAAAAAACCGCCACAAAAACCAACAA